AUGACCGACGGGCCGCCCCCGCCCCCGCUCUACCGGAGCAUCUCGUUCAAACGGCUGGAGCGCUGGAGCGGAGGUCCGGGCUCCGACAGGGCGGACUGUGCAGAGGACACGGCCUCUUCGUCCCCCGGACUCCGGCGGCGGGCUCCCGGCACCGCCACCUUGGCGGCCUCCAGACGCGUCUCCAAGCUGGCGUCUGGGGGUUCGGGGGCUGCGGCGACGUCCUCCCCGCGGCCCCUGCGCAGCCUCUCUCCAUCCGUCCGCCAGUUGUCCCAGCGCUUCGACAGCGCCAGCCGAGGGUCGCGGAGCAGGAGUCGGAGCCAGAGCCAGGUAGCCGUGACCGGCUCCCCCAGCGAGGAAGAGGCCCACUGGAUGAGGGGCCGGGAGGGGGCGCCGUCGGAGUUCCGCAGGGGACCGUUCGCGGCCGAAGAAGGAGCUGGAGCCGGAGCCGGAGCCGGUGGGGGCGGGCCCGGGUCGGAGCCCGCGGGGCACUGGCCCAGCGUCACGGAGAUGCGCAAACUCUUCGGAGGCCAGAGCUUCAGACGGCCAAGCCCCGAUGGCCUGUGGGGGUCGUCUAGCCCGGCCUCUGCUUCCCCCACCCGAGAGGACGGGGCUCAGAGCCCAGAGGAGCCCCUUGGCCGCCAGCAGCCGCCUCCACCUCCCCCCAGGACCUGUUUCCCCCUCUCUGGCCUUCGGUCCCCCCUGCCCCGGGCCCAGGCCGAGGGGAGGAGGCAGCAGCAGGCGGAUAGUUCACAUUCUUGGCAUAGUUACUGCCAACCACACGCCGGCCCCCAGGCCUCUGUCUGCUCCUCCUCCUCCUCUCCUGCCACUGCCUUCUAUCCUGUCAGCCGCAGCCUGAGCAGAGGAGAGAGCUCUAGUGAGGAGGAAGAGCAGGCCGGGGCGCCCGGGAUCUCUGCUGCCCCCAGCCCGGGGGCCCAGCCCUCCGGAGGUUCUGGCCGUGAAGCAGACGGGUUGAAGGAAGAAGGUAUCCUCCAGGCUUCCUCCUACAGGAAAGAGGCCUCUGCAGGGGGGUGGGAUCUGGACAAUGAUGGGUUAAAACCAGGCAGGAUGGACUCCUCUGAGCAGACCCCUGAAGGUCAGGGCCUGGACCCCCAGAGGCCAGGGUGUAUAUCAGAGAGCCUCCAGUCUUCCCAAGGGUCACAGGAAGGCCUUAGGCAGCUCACCAGGGGCCUGCCAGAGACUUUUGGGAGUACCUUCCCCAUGGUCUCCCGGGUGGCCAAGGUGAGCUUCCCACCCUAUGUGGCCAGCCUUGGCCGUCACUCAAGCACAGAGAAGCUGAAGGAGGAGGAUCUUUGGACUGGACGAGGAAGCUGGGGCCUGUAUCGAUCACCUAGCUUUGGUACAGGGGAUGGUUUCCUUCGGCCUCAGGCCCAUGCCCGGCCAAAGCCUUCGGGGUGUAUGGGCAAAGGGCAGAGAGACAGCCCCAUUGAGUCUGGGGAGCCCAGCUACAAGGUCAUGGAGCUGGAGAAAAGUCGGCAGCGGAAGUCCCUGUCAAACCCCGACAUUGCCAGUGAGACGUUGACCCUGCUUAGUUUCCUCCGCUCCGACCUUUCUGAGCUGAAGGUCCGUCGGAGCCGACGACCUGGGGGGGACCAUGAUGGACCACCACAAAGCUGCAGUGAUGCUUCUAAGGAGAGUGAGCUGACUGGACAUCAGGGACCUCUGCUUGCCCCGGCUAGGCAGGCCCUGGGCACUCGCCCAACCCUCAAAGACCUCACAGCCACAUUGCGCCGGGCAAAAUCAUUCUCCUGCUCAGAAACACCCUCCCCUCGAAGGCUCUCUCGGACAGGGGCACUGAAGCCCUUCUCCUCAGAACUGCUCCUUGCAAGACGGAGGGCUGAGGAAGAGGAGGAGGAAGAUGGGCUCCCUGAGGUUGUGCAGGAUCAAUAUGUGCAGGAAGCCCGGCAAGUAUUUGAGAAGAUUAGCCAGAUGGGGGCCCAGCGGGAUGAUGGCGGAUCCCCCCCUGCCCUGCACCUACCCACAAGCUCUCCCUGCCGGAGAUCCCUGGAGGAACUGUCAGGCCAUGAAUCCAGCCUGACUGAUGAAGGCAUUGUGACAGAACCAGAACCAGCUAGUAUUGCCUACAGGGGCCUGGGGCCUCUAUCGGAGUGGAAGUCUGGGGAGUUCCCCCUCUCCUCAUCUCGGAUAAAUCCCAGUGGCCCCCCAGCAGAGGGAGGCCGGGCCCCCACCACUGGGCCCCUGGAUGCUCCAGGUACCCCAGGUGCCCUUCGUCGGCGCCGGAAGGGCCCCCCCACAGGCCCAGGUGGAACAGAUCUCAGCAAUGGAGAUGCUGGUGAGGCCUACCGUUCCCUGAGUGAUCCAAUGCCUCACCACCGUCGGCCUACCCCAUUUGAGGAGUCCUCAGGCUUCUCUGUAGACAGCAACUUGCUGGGCUCCCUGGGCCCAAAGGCUGGGCUUCCCGCAGCAUCAGCCAUGGCCUUGGCAGAUUGUGGGGCUGGUGGGGCCAGUGACUCCUCCAUUGGCAGUGAUGGUGGGAAGGACUUUCAAGCAGUGAUCCAGAGUGUGGUCCACCAACCGGGUGCCCUGGGCCGGGCAGUGGAUGAGCGUAUCCACGGCAGAGCAGCCAAGAAGAAGUCAUUGAGUGACCCCAGCCGGCGUGGGGAGCAGGCCGGCCCUGAAUUUGAGGGCCCUGGUGGGGAGCCCAUCCUGGAGGCAGCCCUUCCCCCAGCCAGCAGCGAGCCCAUCCUACUGGAACAUCAGUCAGGUGAGCCAGGAAAGACCAGGGCUCAGUCUGAGAGAGUUCUGCCCAAGUCCUUGCCAGCCACUGCUGUCCUGGAUUUCCACCUUGACCCCAAGCUAGCUGAUGUGCUAUCCCCCCGGCUUGCCCGCCGGGGCUCCAAGAAAAGGCCAGCCCGGAGCAGUCACCAGGAGUUCCGAAAAGAGGAGGACACAGCCACACUGGGAAGGGCCCAGCCUGGCUCCCGCCAUGUUCGACAUGCCAGCGAACCAGCCGCCUUCAUCCCUAUCGAGGCCCCUGAAUCAGUAGCCACAGGCACUGACAGCUCAGGAUCCACACAUAAGGUCUAUCCAGCCCUCCAGGUGCCAUCCCUGGAGGAUGUUACCAAGCAGUACAUGCUGACCCUCCAUUUCAAUGAGUCCCCUGCUCCUGGGCCCACAGAUGUGUCCCAGUCCACUCCAGCCACACCAACCUCCACUGAAGCCAAACCACUGGAGUUGGCCCGGCCCCCAGAAGACACGAUUCCCACUGAAAGGAGGCAGAGUCAGAGCAAACCACAAGUGGACAUGAGAAAACAUGUCAUCAUGACACUACUGGACACAGAACAGUCAUAUGUGGAGUCCCUUCGGACACUGAUGCAGGGUUACAUGCAGCCUCUCAAGCAGCCUGAGAACGCGGUUCUAUGCGACCCGUCCCUGGUGGAUGAAAUCUUCAACCAGAUUCCAGAGCUGCUGGAGCACCAUGAGCAGUUCCUGGAGCAGGUGCAGAGCCGUGUGCAAGAGUGGCACACUCGGCAGAAAGUGGGCGACCUGCUUGUGCAGUCGUUCUCCAAAGACAUCCUGGUGAACAUCUACUCAGCCUACAUUGAUAACUUCCUCAAUGCCAAAGAUGCCGUGAGAAUUGCCAAGGAGGCCCGGCCUGCCUUCCUCAAAUUCCUGGAGCAAAGCAUGCGGGAGAACAAGGAGAAACAGGCCCUGUCUGACCUCAUGAUCAAACCGGUGCAGAGGAUCCCCCGUUAUGAGCUGCUCGUAAAGGACCUCCUGAAACACACACCCGAGGACCACCCGGACCGGCCGUUCCUGAUCGAUGCCCAUCGGAACAUCAAGCAAGUGGCUGAGAAAAUUAACAAGGGGAUGAAGAAUGCAGAAGAGGUGGAAAGGCAUGCCCGAGUACUGCUCGAGAUCGAAGCCCACAUCGAGGGCAUGGAAGAUCUCCAAGCUCCACUGCGGAGGUUCCUGAGGCAGGAAAUGGUAGUAGAGGUGAAGGCAGUUGGUGGCAAGAAGGACAGAUCCCUCUUCCUCUUCAGUGACCUCCUGGUCUGCACCACCCUGAAGCGGAAAUCUGGUUCCCUGCGGAGAAGUUCAAUGAGUCUCUAUACGGCCGCCAGCGUCAUUGACAUAGCCAGCAAAUACAAGCUACUGUGGAAACUGCCCCUGGAGGAUGCAGACAUCAUCAAAGGAGCAUCCCAUGCCACCAACCGAGAGAGUGUCCAGAAAGCCAUUAGCCACUUGGAUGAGGACCUUAACACCCUGGGCCAGAUCAGCAAGCUGUCUGAGAGCCUCAGCUUCCCCCAUCAGAGCCUGGAUGAUGUCAUCAAGGAGCUCACAGCUGCUGCCCACCGGGACCUGGCCGAGAAGCAGGCACUGUGCUACACACUCUCCUUUCCACCCAACAAGGUGGAACUGUCAGCCACACGGCCAGAGGGCACAGAUACUUUCAUCUUCGAAUUCCCUCACCCAGAUGCCAGAGUUGGUUUUGAGCAGGCCUUCGAUGAAGCCAAGCGGAAACUCGCCUCAAGCAAAAACUGUCUGGACCCAGAAUUCCUGAAAGCCAUCCCCAUCAUGAAAACCCGAAGUGGCAUGCAGUUCUCCUGUGCCUCCCCUAGCCAUAGUACCUGUGCUGAGAGUGCCCACGAGGUGUGGGUGUGCAACAGCGAUGGCUAUGUGGGACAGGUCUGCCUGCUGAGCUUGAGAGCCGAGCCCACCGUAGAGGCCUGCAUCGCCGUCUGUUCUGCCCGUAUCCUCUGCAUGGGAUCCGUGCCUGGCCUGCAGCCUGGUGGAGGAGGUGGAGCAGGCAACAAUAGCUUCAGGGAUCAGCCCCCAUCAUUGGUAAGCCCAGCAUCUCCCCCAGAGGUGGUAGCCACAGCAGCUUCCCUCGAUGAAGGCAGUUCCCAGCCCUGCCUGCACAUCUCCAUCUCGGGCUCUUCCCCAGAGCUGCCCCCAGGGCCUGCCAACAGUACUCCAGGCCCAGAACUCAUGCCCUUCGACAGUGAUGAUUCAGAUGAUGAGUCAUCCCCCAGCCCCUCCGGGACACUACAGAGCCAGGCCAGCCGCUCCACCAUCUCCUCCAGCUUUGGCAAUGAGGAGAUGCCCAGCUCCAAAGAGGCCACAGCAGAGACAACCAGCUCUGAGGAGGAGCCAGAGCCCGGCUUCCUGCCCCUGUCUGGCUCCUUUGGCCCCAGCGGGCCCCACGGUGGCAGUCCUGUGGACGGACGAGCCCUUCGUCGCUCCAGCCGUGGGUCCUUUACCCGGGGCAGCCUGGAAGACCUGCUCAGCAUGGACCCCGAGGCCUACCAGAGCUCCAUGUGGCUGGGCACUGAAGAUGGCUGCAUCCAUGUCUAUCAGUCGUCAGACAGUAUCCGCAACCGCAAGAACAGCAUGAAACUUCAGCAUGCAGCAGCCGUCACAGCCAUCAUGUACCUGGAUAACCAAGUGUUUGUGUCUCUGGCGAAUGGAGAACUUGUUGUUUAUAACCGGGAAGCAGGCCAUUUCUGGGACCCCCAGAACUCCAAAUCUCUGGUCCUGGGGAGCCCGGGGAACCCCGUUACCAAGAUGGUGUCAGUGUCAGGAAAGUUGUGGUGUGGAUGCCAAAAUCGAAUCUUCGUCCUCAACACAGGCAGCUUGCAGCAGGAGCAUAUGUUCCAGGUUGGCUUGGACCCCAACCGCAAUGUGGCCUGCAUGGUGAACUCCAGCCUGGGUGUCUGGAUCGCCCUACAGAGCACGGCCCAAGUACGACUGUAUCACUCGGGCACCUUCGAGCAGCUGGCUGAGGUGGACAUCACACCCCCUGUGCACAAGAUGCUCGCUGGCUCUGAUGCCAUCAUUCGCCAGCACAAGGCUGCCUGUCUACGCAUCACAGCCCUGCUGGCCUGUGAGGACCUGCUGUGGAUCGGGACGAGUGCCGGGGUAGUGCUCACGAUGCCUACCUCCCCAAAUACCGUCAGCACCCCUCGAGCCCCACUGAGUCCUGCUGGCCUGGUCCAGGGCCACACGGGUCAUGUGCGCUUCCUGACCGCUAUCGAGCUCCCGGACAACUUUGACCUCCUCUGCCCUCCGCCAUCCCAUGACGCAAGUCCCGAGAAGCCGGCCCUGCUGGAACGAAGGGAUUCUUCCCGACACCGAGGCUCAGCCCCAGCCCUGGUCAAGCCCAAGAUGCUGGUGAUCAGCGGGGGUGAUGGCUAUGAGGACUUCAGACUGAGCAGCAGUAGCAGUGAGACCGUGGGGCGGGAUGAUAGCACAAACCACCUCCUCCUGUGGAGGGUGUGACCUGGACACGAUCCCGCACCCCCGCCGCCUCCCCGCUCUGCACCGGUGUGUGCACUUGUGGGCCUUGGGCUGACUGGUGUGUGGGCGUCUUGGGCACAGGCAUGUGGCCCCUCAAAGGACUGGUGUCUGAAACACAACCGGCCAGGCUGCGCCCAACGUCUCCCCUCAUGGCAUCCCCCAUCCUCUGCUCCAUGUGCAUCUGGGGACCACACACGUGCAUGAGAACGGAUCGCAUAUGGGGAGGCCUUGGCCUGUGGGGCAGCAGCAUGCCAGCCGCUGCCAGCCCCAGCCUCCUCACCUUGCCCUCUCUCUGUGUUCCCAGGGUUGCCCUGAUUCCCUCCUUGUCCAGGUAACCGAGGCCCCAUCACACUCCCUUGGGGCAGGAGGAAGGCUUCAUCCCAGGGCAGCCACGGGCCAGAGGGCCAUGUGCAAUAUUGCAAGUGCUUCCUGGAGGCUGUGGGCAGAGUUGGGGAGGUAGCCCCACAGGGCAAAAAUUAAGGGUGAAAGGGUGAAUGGAGCCCAGGCUGGUGGCUGGCAAUCAGAGGAGGAGGCAGCCAGGCCACAUGAGACGUGGACGGCACCUCCCCAUGUGUACAGUAUUUAUGUAUAUUUUUUGAUGCUCGUGGUACCUCCCAGAGCACUUAUUUAUGCCCCAGUCCAGCCUAGCAAGCAAAGGAGAAAGUGAGGGAGAUAGGAAGGGCAGGAUUUGGGGGCAAGAAACACAGAAUCAUCCCUUCCCUACAGGGGUGUUGAGUUCAUGCCUGAAACUGACCUUCCUGAAGGGAGCCUAAUGUCCUUGUCCCCCCAUCAUCCCCAUCUCCACUUCGGUCCCCAGAGAAUAGUUUUGCACAUUCAUAGCACCUUCCUUUCCUUCUGGACCCUCCAAACCCACUCACUUCCUCCCCCAUCCCUAUAGGCACAGCUUCACAGACCCUGCCCAGAACAUGCAGCCCACCAUGCCACAUCUAUGACCGUCAUGGCAAUUCAGGGCUGGAGAAAUGAAUUCCACUUGUCAGCGUCCCCUGCUAGAAUUUGAAAUAGCUCUGGAUCUGGAGCCAGAGAAUCUCGAUUCAGAUUCUAACUCUGCUGUGUGACCGUGAACUAGUCACCUUCCUGUCUCUGGGCCUCAAUCUCCUCGUCUGUAAACUGAGGGGCAUCGGACUAGACGAUUGCUGAGGUUUCUUCUAACUGUGGACCCUGUGCUCCAGGGAUUCCACUCUCCCAUUUCUGGUUCUAUUCUCCUUUAUCCAAGGCAGGGAAGCAGCUCUAUUGUCCAUUAUACAGGGUUCGAGAAAGCUCCAUUCUCAGUUUUCUAGACCCCUUCUCUCAUCACUGAGGGAUGGGAUGGGUGAGGGAGAAUCAAUUGAUUCUUGAGUCUCAAUUCUCCAGGGGUUCUGUGUAUAAAUUCUCCAGGUUCUUUCCUCCACCCUGAGCCAUUUUCCUGGUCAUUGGCAGCUUUUCAUUAUUUUAUGUUGUUUAAGGAAGACAUUUGAGAGCCCUGGAUGGAUCAGGGAGGCAGCUAAUGAUGUGGUGAUGAUGGUGGUGAUGAUGGUGAUGAUGAUGAUGGUGAUGAUGAUGAUGGUGGUGGUGAUGAUGAUG